UAGGGCUUGCCCCUCUCCUUCACCAAAAAAAAAAAUGAAAUAUCAAUACGUAUUAUGACAUUUUUUUUUCAAGUACAGUAAAAGUGAAUGGAUAAUUAUGUCCUUGAAUCCAAGCAUUUAAAUCUUUGUAAUGGUAAUGAAAAAUAAAAAUAAAAUAGUGAUGGACAAAGUACAAUAUAGAUGUAGCCUUUUUACUUGAUUCAUAUCGUCACAGUAUUUAGGGGUAAAAGCAAAAUAUCCAAAAUAUAGAUUGAUGCUAAAUUUGAGUUUUGAGUUUUUAAUUUGAGUUUUGAGUUUUUGACCCCUCUCUCUCAUUACACAAAUAAGACAAACCCCGUCAAUCUUCCGUCUACAAAUUCGUCAAAACCCGCAGAAAACUCAACAGCAAUAUAGGCCCCACUCACCCCGACUACCCCUCUAUCCUUCCCUGCUCUUCUCUGCAUGCAAUUGCAAUCUGCUCUCUCCUCUCUCUUCUCUCCACUUGAAUACUAUAGUUUUCACUUUCAUUUCUUUAUUUACUUAUUUCCAUUACUUAAUUUUAUUCUUAGACCCUUCCAUUCUUAUAUAUAAACCUAUUCCAGUACAAUCAUUCACCUCCUCCUAUCUACAAACUCAACAGAAUAUAUCCCAUCUAUCAUCUUUUCUUAAUUUUACAUGCAAACUUAACUUCAAUUUCAAUUUCAAUGUCAUCUUCAAAUUUCACCAUUUUUCUUCUCCUUAUUAUUAUUCUCUUUCAAUCACUUACUAUUUUUAGCAAUGCUACUUCUGAUUCCGAUAUCUUACUCAAACUCAAACAUUCGUUCUUAGUCUCAGACAACAACAACAGCGGCAGCCUCCGUGACUGGACCUCUGGUAAUGCGCACUGUAACUUUACCGGUGUUUCCUGCGACGCCGACUCUCGUGUCGUCUCGCUUAACGUCAGUUUUGUGCCUCUUUUCGGAUCGCUGUCGUCGGAGAUUGGCUCGCUUGAUAAGUUACAAACUCUCAUUGUUUCCGGGUGUAAUCUCACCGGAGAAAUACCCUUUGAAGUUUCAUCUCUUACUUCUCUUAGAUACCUCAAUAUCUCAAAUAAUAAUUUUUCCGGCGAAGUUUCCGGCGAGAUUUUCACCAACUUGUCGGUGCUUGAGUUUAUUGAUGUUUAUAAUAAUAACUUAUCUGGGCCGCUUCCGGUCAAGCUCUCGGGUUUGAAGCGGCUGAUACACCUUGAUCUUGGUGGGAAUUACUUCUCCGGCGAGAUUCCGGCGAGUUAUUCUGAGCUAACAACCAUUAAGUAUCUCGGGUUAAACGGAAACUCUCUCUCCGGUGAGAUUCCGGGGAGUUUGGGUAAUCUGACAAAUUUAACUAAGCUCUGCAUAGGCUACUUUAACUCGUAUACCGGCGGAAUUCCGCCGGAGUUCGGGUCGUUAACCUCGCUUGAAUACCUCGACGUAGCGGGCUGUAACCUCUCCGGCGAAAUUCCGAAAACGCUGGGAAAUUUAAAGAAGCUUAACACUCUGUUUUUACAGAAGAAUCAGUUAUCCGGCGAGCUACCUCCCGAGCUCUCGAAACUCGAGAGCUUGAUGUCAUUAGAUUUAUCUACAAAUUCAAUCACCGGAGAAAUACCGGAGAGUUUCUCCGACCUCAAGAACCUCACAUUUCUCAGCCUGUUUCAGAACAAAUUCUACGGCAGAAUUCCGUCUGGUAUAGGCGACUUGCCGUACCUUGAGAAGUUGCAAGUGUGGAAUAAUAACUUUACUUUUGAAUUGCCGCAGAAUCUCGGCAAAAAUGGGCGGUUAAAGACGCUUGACAUUUCGGCGAAUCGAAUAACCGGGAAUAUUCCUAAGAGUCUCUGCAAUGGUGGUAUUUUACAGUUGUUGAUUCUGUUUAAUAACGCGCUCUUUGGUCCGCUCCCUAAAGAGCUCGGUGAUUGUAAGUCGUUGCAGCGGCUUCGUAUCUCGAACAAUCAGCUCUCAGGGGAGAUUCCUGCUGGUAUAUUUAACUUGCCGGGAUUGACCACUGUUGAUCUUAAUGAUAAUGAGUUUUCCGGCGAGAUUCCGGCGGAAAUGACUGGUGGUAAUAUCGGUGAGCUUGACUUGUUUAAUAACAUGUUCACCGGGAAAAUACCGCCGGCAAUCGGAAACUUGAAGAUGCUUCACAGGCUAUCUUUGCAGAAUAAUCGAUUUUCCGGCGAGAUUCCGGCGGAAUUGUUUGGCUUGAGUCAGUUGCAGGGGUUGAAUGUGAGUGCUAACAAUCUUGAAGGUGAAAUUCCGGUGGAAAUUGGACGGUGUAAGUCAUUGAUCGCGGUUGAUUUCAGCCAAAACAAUCUCGCCGGGGAGAUUCCGACGUCGAUUUCAGAGUUAGAGGACCUUGGCAUUCUCAAUCUGUCUAAGAAUUCUCUCACCGGAUUUAUCCCCGAAGAUAUCGGCUCGAUUUCGAGUCUCUCUGUUCUUGACCUCUCCGACAACAAUUUCUAUGGUACAAUACCCUCCGGAGGUCAUUUCUCCGUCUUCAAACCGACGGCUUUUGCUGGGAACCCGAACUUGUGUUGGCCUCACAGAGCUCUACCUUGUCCUAUCUAUAACCCGCCUUCGAAAAAACACCAUACGUCGUCGUUUUCAUCAUCCAAGUUGAUCAUCUUAACCAUAGGACUAGUCACUUUAGUCCUCUUAUCAUUAGUGACUCUAAGCAUUUACAAGAAGAAGAGUCUAGAAGGUUCUAAAGCGUGGAAGGUUGAACGGUUCCAACGCCUCGACUUCAAGGCCGAUGACAUUGUUGAAUGCCUCAAAGAAGAGAAUGUCAUAGGAAAGGGUGGAGCCGGAAUUGUGUACCGAGGUGUGAUCCCGGAUGGCACCGAUAUUGCAAUUAAACGGUUGGCCAACCGGGGGAGUGCCAAGAAUGAUCUUGGCUUCUCAGCCGAGAUAUCUACCUUGGGGAAGAUUAGACAUCGUAACAUAGUAAGAUUGUUGGGGUAUGUAGCGAACAAGGAUACAAACUUGCUAGUGUACGAGUACAUGCCGAAUGGGAGCUUAGGAGAGAAGCUUCACGGACCGAAAGGAGCGCAUUUGCAAUGGGAGAUGAGGUAUAAGAUAGCAGUGGAAGCAGCAAAGGGGUUGUGCUACUUGCACCAUGAUUGUAACCCCAAGAUAUUUCAUAGGGAUGUCAAGAGUAAUAAUAUACUCUUGGACUCUGAUUAUGAGGCUCAUGUUGCUGAUUUCGGGCUUGCUAAGUUUCUCUGGGAUGCUGGUGCUUCCGAGUGCAUGUCUUCUAUUGCCGGUUCUUACGGCUACAUUGCUCCAGAAUAUGCCUACACACUGAAGGUAGACGAGAAAAGUGAUGUGUACAGCUUCGGAGUAGUGCUGUUAGAGCUAAUAGCAGGACGAAAACCAGUGGGAGAAUUUGGUGACGGAGUGGACAUAGUAAGAUGGGUGAGGAUGAAUGAAUCUGAGAUCUCUCAGCCAUCAGAUGCAGCAACAGUCUUAGCUAUCCUCGACUCUAGGCUACACGAUUACCAGCUUUCUAGUGUUAUCAACAUGUUCAAGGUUGCAAUGUUGUGCGUUGAGGAAGAGAGCUCUAACAGGCCUACUAUGAGAGAAGUUGUUCAUAUGCUCACUAAUCCUCCUCAGCGUAUCGUCUCUACUCCCAGCCUUCUUUGAUUACGAGUACAAUGUUUGAGCAUUUCCAGAUUUUUGGGGUCUGUUGUCUAUCAUGGUAAUAGCUAAUUCUUGAGUAAAUAAAAGCACAUAUAUAAUUGUACUAAUAAUCUGUUCCUACCAGCAACCAAAAUUGAGUUUCUUGUGCUGAAAAAAGAAGGGCUAUAUGACCUAAUGCCUAUGUAGAAGAAUGGUUGUCCUAAAAAAAAUGUAGAAGAAUGGUUCAUUCUAGAUUUUGUAUGUAAUAUACUGAUUAUUAGUAAUGCCCAGUAAGUUGUAUAUAAAUAUUUGUGGAUGAUUUCAUUACUAUAAUUAAAUGCCCAGUAAGUAUUUUUCUUUA